AUGCGCACCAUACUGGUACCGAUCGGCCCACCUGGCUCUGGCAAAUCCACACUUACCAAUGGACUUCAACAAUUCAUGACCGCCAUCGACAGGCCAUGCAGCGUGGUCAACCUCGACCCAGCGAACGACAACAUCCCAUAUGAGCCAGCCUUUGAUGUGCGAGAUCUUGUCGAUGUCGAUGAAGUCAUGGAACGAGAGGGAUUGGGGCCAAAUGGUGGCGUGCUGUGGGCUAUGGAGGAGAUCGAGGCAAACUUCGACUGGCUCAACGAUCAAAUAACAGCCUGCCCUUCGGACACCAUUGUUCUCGACCCUCCAGGUCAGCCUGAGCUGAUGCAGCAUCAUGAAACGCUUCCUCGCAUUCUCGAACGACUCGAGAAGCUAAGCUACCGAAUCGUGAUCGUCCAGCUUCUUGACUCGGUUGUCCUGACUCGCCCAAUCAAUGUUUUGACCAAGAUCGACAACCUCAAGUCAGUAGGAGGUGGCGAGCUACCUUUCAACCUGGACUUCUACACAGAGAUGCAAGAUCUGUCUCGCCUACUACCCGCACUAUCCAUGGAACAAGGCUCAGGCUCAAGCGAAGCGGCAGAAAAGUGGGAGAGCCUGAACGAGGCACUCAUCUCGCUGAUCGAAGACUUUGGCUUGGUCGCAUUCGAGACCCUAGCCGUCGAGGACAGACAGAGCAUGGCAAGUCUUGUGCAAGCAAUUGACCGGGCAUCAGGCUACGUCUUCAUGGGCGCUCGAGCUGCAGACGAGAAUGGUCGUACUCUGGACGAUGAAGCCUCGAUUUGGGCACAAGCCAUGUCCGAUUCGUGGGCUGGUAGGCUUGACGUUCGUGAUGUGCAGGAGAGAUGGAUCGAUCGCAAAGAUGAGUUCGAUGAGCAGGAGCGCAAGCAGUGGGAGGAGGAGGCAAGGUUGGCUGGAGCUUUACCCGAAGUCAGUGCUGCACAGGCAGUUAGGAAGCAUGCUGAGGAGGCAGGGGCUGAAUAUGUGGAGGAUGAAGAUGAAGACGAGCUAGAAUCUGAGCAAAGAAAGUGGCAGGAGGAGCGGAUGAAGGGUGGCGGACAGGGUGGCGUCGAUGGUCUGAAGAUUGUAAGGAAGACUUAA